AAACAAGUGAUUAAAAGUUAAAGACGUAAAUAAAUUUGAAUUAAAACAAUCAAGUUUGUUAGUUUAGAAAUAAAUCAAUAAGACAUGAGUCGAAGAAGGAAACCUUUAGGACUGUCAAACGGACAUGGACUUUACUUCCAUUCAUCCCCUCCGAAAGUUUUCAACAACACAGAUGAGUUUGGUAAAAUACAAUACGAGUUUAUCCGAAACAUCGCCAAUAAGACGAACGCGUUAGUCAUUAAACCAUCAAAUAUUCGAAUAUGGAUACACGACAAAGACAUCGACAAGCUUAUGCGAGUGGUUCUUGAGGGUCACGGACAUAAACUUCGCAAUGAAGUUGCAAAUCAACCAAAAGUCAAACGAUUUCUCGAAUAUGUUCCGCACUUUCUCGGGCUUAUUAAAGGCAUCCAUCAAGCAGUUGUAGAUAAUAACAUAGAAAUCCUACGUGCAAAAACAUCACCUCCCGUUCCACCUCAGAUGCUUUCAUGUAAAGAUGUCAAUGGUCUUACGCCACUUCAUAAAGCUGCUGGACUUGGACAUGGAAAGAUCGUUGAAUAUUUAUUGAAUACGUGGCCAAACACGGCAACUGAAAUCGAUAAUUCAGGAAAGACUCCGCUUCAUUAUGCUGCGAGUUUGAAGAAUAAUGAAAGAAUCUUCAAUAUUCUUAUUCAAGCGGGUGCUGAUGAAAUGGGAAUUGAUGGUAACGGACACACACCCGCGUAUUAUAAGAAAAGUAAAAACAGCGAGGACAUUGAUCGAGCACUUCUGGUUGCAAUUCCGGAUGCACCACGCGUUGCUGAACAAGGUUUCCCACCAAGUUUUGAUUGGAAUAUUCUUCCUGCUAAAUUUUUCUCAGAAAAUUCCAUCAGAUCAUCACAAUCCGAGUUUAACUUAAGUCAUGUUAAAGAGAAUACAAUGAAAGCUUCAAGUUCUGCUUUUGAGAUUCUUAGUCGAAGUAAUAGUCAUCAAAUGGAAGAUGAAAGUGAUCCGAAACAUGAACAAGAAUCUGAACGGGAACCGGUCACGAAAAAAAGUUCAAAAAAGGUUCAGAGGCCAAAAACAUUUAAUAAAAACGAUGUCAACAACAAUUCAACGAAGGGGAAGGAAAUGAAUGACGACGACGAUGUUGAGACUGGGAAAGCUGUUGGUUCAGAGACGUUGCUACCAGAAGAACGUCUCCAAAAGCAAACAACGUCAGUCAAAAGUCAUCAAUCAAAUCCAGAACCCGACCAUAAUAAUGACAAUGAUAACGUUAAUUUAAUUGAUAAUGAUAAUGAUCAAAUGACUGACAGUAAAACAUUAAAUCGAAUUGAUAGUGAAAGUCAAUUAAUGGAAAACAAGGAAAUUAAAGAUGAGAAUGUUGUUGAUGUUGGUGAAACUAGUAAUGAAGAGAAAUUAAAUGAAAUUUCUGAAGAUAAUUUUGAUGAAAAAGGUCAAAAUAAAGAUGAUGAAAAGUUUCAAGAGACUUCUCAAAAAGAAAUUGAGGAAAAUUUUCAAGAUGAUAAUAAAGAGAAGGCGAAUGAGAAAAGUCAUGAAAUAAAUGAUGAAAAAUCAUUAGAAAGUUCUCAGCAAAACGACGAUGAACUGAAUAAAAAUGUUGACAUUCUCAUCUUGGAAGAUUCUUCACAAGACAAUGAAAAGUCGAAGGAUGUAAAUGAUGGAGACAAUGAUAAAGAAGAAGAAGAAGAAGAUAAGUUAAGUAGUCGGCAGCAGUCAGCUGCAUCAAUCAAUGACCAUGUUGAUAAUGAAAUCGGAGAAAGUUCCGAAAUUAAAGAAAAAGAAAAUUCAGAAAUUAAAGAAUCAAAAACAGAAGAAGAAGAAAGAAAAGUUGAAACACUUGACAUCAAUUUCGAACAUCCCCCAACACCAGCUCCAAAAAAUAGUGAAAACAAUGUGAUUGAUGUUGCUGAAAAUUCCAAAGAAGCGGGUGAAAGCACAACAAAAGACAUUGAUUCGAAUGGUAAUUCGGAUGAGGAACAGAUGGAUGUUGAUAAUGACCAUGAAAUUGGGUCGCCAAGUCCACCCAUCGAAGGAUUCAUUACAGAAGAAGCUGAAAAGCAGUUGGAGUCUCAAGGCGGUGAUUUUGAUACGAGUGGAUUUAAUGGAGACAUUAAUGACGAUGAUCCAUUACAAAAAUUGAUAAAUGCUGGUGACAUGGAACAAUUAGCUUUACUAGUUCUAAAUGGAAAUGGAAAGCAGUUGAUUGGAAGAACGUCAAAUCAACCUGAUAUUCAAGCAUUUCUAGACAAUGUUCAAACUUAUGUUAAUAAGAUACGAAAAGUCCACGUGGCUGCACGAGAAGGAAGUCUUCGAGAUCUUCAAGCUGCCUUGGAUCGUCGAAAGUUCUCAACAGCAAAAGACGAAGUGUCACCGAAUGGCACGACACCACUUCAUGUUGCUGUCAUUUUUGGACAUACUGCGAUAAUUCGUUAUUUGGGAUCGAGAUUCCAGGAAACAUUAUCAGCAACUGAUGAAGAUAAUCGAACAGCUUUACAUUAUGCUGCAACUAUUAAGGACAAUGGUCACUUUUAUAAUUUAUUGGUGCAUCUAGGAGCCAAUCCUAAAUCGACGGAUAAUCUGGGAAGAACUGCUGAAUCGUAUCUGAAUCACGACGAAACAGACAAAAUUCUUUCACAUAAAGAUUUAUUGAAAGCUUUCGGUGCUGAAGAAGGAUUAGCUGAUGAAAUGUUGAACGAUCAAGUUCCUGAUGAUUAUCAUAGCGCGAGAAGGAAACUUGACGAUCCCGACGUGCUUACGACAUUAGAACGUUGCUUCAAAUUGAUUAACGAUAAACGUCCAACGAUACUCGAUCAGUCAAUACACAUUCGGAAUGGAUCAUUUCCAGGCAGUGCUUCAUCUUUAAGAGUCUCAGUGACAUCUUAUCUAGCAAAAUACUUAAAGCGGCCAAUCUUUGAGAAAAUCAAACACAGACAAACAAGACUCGAUCACAAUCUCUUCGAUAUCAUUUGGCCAGCGAUGAAGAAAGCUUCCAAAGAACGAAGAAUCGAUGAAGAUUUAAAUGCCGGUGUUGUCGCUCCAGAUUUUGACGUGUUUGUCGUAUUCCAAGAAUUUUUUGUGCCACUUAUCAAAGAUCUUCACAGUCUCAGACCAAAAGAAAACUUCAAAGAACAUCCCAAGAUAGAAUUCUUUCCACCUUACAUUGUCGAUUCUCAAGUGCCACCAGGUGAACAAACGCCUGUAAAGAUUAACCACCCACAAGAUAUUCAUUGGACGAUGGACAUUUACAACAAAUGGAUUGUUGGUGGUUUCGUUGAAUGUUGUAGAAAUCUAGACGACUUUGAAUUGCCCUUAAAUUUAACAAUAGGAAAACUUGAGCAAUCGGAAAGAAUUAUCACUGGAAAGCUUUUAAGCAAAGAGUUUACUGCAGCUAUUAGUGAAAGUGAAAUGGGACAAUAUUAUACAAUGAAUGAAGUUCUUGAAAAUUCUUCUAAUAUUCGAACUGUUUUGGCGACAAAUAGUUUGUUGAUUCCUUUACUUGAUUAUCACGAUCCACAACAAUUGCCAGAAUCGUAUGCCAUCAACGGUCAUUAUUAUCCUUAUGGCAGGGGAGUUUAUGUCAGUCAUAGUAAAGAAUUUGUGGUUUGGAUUAAUGUUCAAGAACAUUUGAGAGUUCUCUGUUGUACUCCACUUAAAGCGGUGUCUGAUAUUGGAAUGGCAUAUAGCAAAGUGGGACGAGCGAUGAUAUUUUUAGAGUCACAACUGACAUUUCGACAUAGCUUUUUACUUGGUUACCUUUCAUCACGACCUUCCUUCUUAGGAAGUUCACUACGAUUAACAUUAAAUCUUGAAUUGCCGUAUUUGGUGAAGGAUCAAGAAAAUUUACGACAACUUUGUAUCAUUCGAGGUCUUCAUAUGAAAACACGACCCAAUUUUGAAACAAUUCGCGUGUCAAACACACGGUGCAUGAGUAUGACUGAAUGGAACUUAUUCCAAGAAUUCUGCAUGGCAAUUUCAAACAUACUUCAACUAGAGAAAGAUUUGUCAUUGUCCAAUUCGAUGCACAUCGCUGAUAUGCUUUUGAAAAUAUUCCGCAAAAAGAAAAACAGUUUAGCAAGCAUCAAAUAUAAAAACAAUCAACCAGUAGAAAUUCCAUUGUUUCGUACUGAAGAAGGUCGUUAUUUAGCAACAUCCCUCGGAGAUCCAUUAAUCAAAGGAUUGACUGAAGUUGCCAAUCAACGUCCUUCUGAUCCGAUCGCUUUUCUCGCGAAUUAUCUCCAAAACUUUUCCACUGAUAAACCAAAAACUUCGUCCAAUAAAAAAUCUGAAAUAACAAAACCGGAACCAAAAACCGAAGCGAAUGAAACAAAACCAAAGUCGGGAAAAACUUUAAUUCCAGUGAAGCAGAAGAGUGUCGAGAACUUUAUUGAUGAUGACAACACUGACUCGACACCAGGAAGUGAAGAACGAGAUGAACAUGGCCAAUCAAUGCUUCACUUUGCAGCUGCACGUCAUUUUGAACUUGCUGGUUUUCUUGAUCGACUUCAGGAAUUUGAAGAAAAUCGAGAAAGACUUUUACAUGCUGUAAGGCAUUCGGAUAUUAACACAGUCAAGGAAGUUCUCUCGCUACCUGACGCAGCAAAACUUGCGCGUGCGAAGAAUUAUUACGGAAGAUGCAGUAUUCACAUUGCGGUAUUGCUUGAAAAUGAAGAAAUUGUCGAUUAUUUGGCGACAAACUUCAGGCAAACUUUGAGGACUGGAGAUAACUUGGAACGAACUGCACUUCACUACUCGAUGGGAAUCAACAAUGUUGAAGCGAUAAGCAGAAUUCUUAUUAAAAACGGUGCAAAACGUGUGUUAAAGGAUCUUAAAGGACGAACUCCAAGUUUUUAUUACAUCAACAAAUCUGACAUUUUACGACUUCAAGAAGAAGAACGCGAAUAGAAAUUUUAAAUUGUUUACAACACGACAGCACUCAACACCACCAUUGAUCGAGGUCAUUUAUCAUAUUUUAUAUCAAUUAAAUUGAUUGUUGCAAUUGGAAAUCGAUUUGCAACUUAAUGAUCACUUUCGCUAUCCUAAAGAUGCAAUAAAGUCACUUCAGUAUUUUAUUUAUUUCUUAGAACUCAUUUGUGUAUUUAUUGAUGAUAAAUAAAACUUAGAAAUCAAUUAACAAGAACCAAUUGAAGAGAAUCUUCAAUUUUGAUGGCGAUUGUGACAUUAUCGAUGCUAAUUAAUCAGCAAAUAAUUGCCACAAAUUCUUCACUGACUGAUGAGUUUAAUGGAAUUUUCACACUUUUUCGGUGAAUUAGUUUUAAUAAAAGCAUCAACUUGAAGUCAAAAUAAGAAAUCUGCGAAGUGUUGUUAAAUAUUUUUGAGAAGUUGUUUUUAUUUU